AUGUCCGGAUCAGGUGCCUCUGGAAACAAGUUCCGUAUGUCGUUGGCCUUGCCAACUGGAGCUAUCAUGAACUGCGCAGACAACUCCGGCGCUAGAAACCUCUAUGUCCUGGCCGUCAAGGGUACCGGUGCCAGAUUGAACAGACUGCCAGCCGCCUCUGUUGGAGACAUGGUGAUGGCCACCGUCAAGAAGGGUAAGCCAGACCUCAGAAAGAAGGUCAUGCCAGCUAUCGUUGUGAGACAGGCCAAGGCCUGGAGAAGAAAGGACGGUGUGUUCUUGUACUUCGAGGACAACGCCGGUGUGAUUGUGAACCCGAAGGGAGAGAUGAAGGGAUCGGCCAUUACUGGACCUGUUGGUAAGGAGUGUGCCGACCUGUGGCCUCGUAUUGCCUCGAACUCUGGUGUUGUGGUUUAA